UAUUUUUAGGAGUCGCGUCUCACAUGUUUUGAUGACAGACGCGUGCUCGAGGAAGAGAGAGUUGCGCCAACCGCCUCGGAAAAAUCUAGGAAAAUCGGUUCCUUUCGGCGCAGCCCUCGUCCGACAACUAAAUGACGGAACGACGACGGCAGAGAAAAUCUUUCUACAGGCCUAUUCGUAACACAUUCGUCCGACGGUGAAGACGUGAAAAUACCUACGGUCGAUCAUCGUCGUGAUGUGUCGUCGUGAAAAGUGAUCGUGGAAAUUUGACCAAUUUUGGGGAUUUGAGUUCGCGAAUUGCAGUGUCGAUCGAACCCAUUACGUCAUAUAAUAGAAUGUGCACCAAGAAUUUGUCGUGUCCGCUGUGCUGCCAUUCCGUCUUUCCGAAUAUCGAUGCCCUGCGGUUGAGUCUGCUGAAAGUUACCUCGCGGCCAAUAAAAUGUCCGAUUUGCGCUGACCAGCUGCUCGGAUUGGAUAAGCUGACGAUUCACCUAUUUGGGCAUUCGAUUCUGGGGAAGGACGAGGAGUGCACGUCGAACGUGGCUGGGAAAAAGGGCGAAACGGGUGCGUUGAAGAAUGUACGUAAACCCAAUCAGGAGAUUACUCCAAAAAGUAGUGGGCAGCAGCAGAAUGUCUCACGAAACCAGCAGAAGCAGACAACGCAAAUGAAAGUCAGGUGCGAGGUUUGCGGAGAUACGUUUCGGGACGAGAGUUUACUCAGAAUGCAUUCCUGUAUGUCACACGGGUUUCCAAACGGAACCGCCGGAAGUCCCGAGGAGCUUCGGUUCCCGUGUAACAUGUGUUCAAAAACUUUCAAGAUGAAAGGAUCGCUCAAAAUUCAUAUGAGGGUCGUUCAUCUAGGUUGUCCAAAAAAGAGUCCGUCCAAUGCGAGCUGUACGAGCAGUAGUAGUAGUAGUAGUGCGUCGACGAUCACUACCACAACUGCGAUACCUGUUCACCAUAGCAGUAACGUAAUACAGUGCAAUCAAGCACUUCGUAGCAAUGCUCCUCCGCCGCUACAGCCGAUUCAGCUUCAUCAUCCGCCGAUGAUUCAGCAGCGAUCUCCAACAGCUCAUUCACCGCUGCAGUCGGCGACAUCGCUCACGAUCACCACUCCGAACAGCAGUGAACCCCAGAUCAUCAAGAUCCUAGAUCCGCGCCAGUUAACCGAAUACGUCUACGUGACGAGCCAACAACCGCAGCAGCAGCAACUGCAACAUCAACAACUUCAAGCACCUCAGCAAACACCGCCGUUGUCCUCGUUGACACAGCAACAAGUUGUUGUCGAGCGGAUCGCAGCUAACAAUACUCCACCAAGCGUGGCGUGUCGGAUAGAGCCAAGUUCCGUACCAUUACCAACUCCCCCUAGUCCUAGCAAUAGCGCCUCUGUUGGUUUAUACGGAGAAGGAAGUGGUGGUAGCUCUGCCUCAUCCCCUUCGCAACCGUCUCAACCGUCCACACCGAAAUCGCUGAGUAACAUAAAUUCCUUCCCUCGAGACUGCAACGGUAAACAAUGGGAGUGCGACGUUUGUCUGAAAAGCUUCACCACGAAGUACUUCCUCAAGAAGCAUAAACGGCUUCAUACAGGUGAAAUGCCCUAUUCGUGUCAAAUUUGUGGCAAAGCAUUUACGUUCCAGCAGUCGUACCACAAGCACUUGCUCUACCAUAGCGACGAAAAGCCGCACGCGUGCACGGUUUGUGGACGGGCCUUCAAGGAGCUGUCGACGUUGCACAACCACGAGCGGAUCCACAGCGGAGAGAAGCCGUUCUCCUGCGAAACGUGCGGCAAAUGCUUCCGCCAACGGGUAUCGUACCUGGUUCACCGAAGAAUCCACACCAACACCCAGCCGUACAAGUGCACCGCCUGCAACAAAAGCUUCCGCUACAAGGUAUCGCAACGGACGCACAAAUGCCCAGCCCAGCCGCCCGGAAUGGUGAUUCGUCAGCCGGGUGAUCUUCUUCAAAAACUCCUUCAAUCUUCGGCGAUCCUUCCGACACUGGCGGAAGGAUCGCCCAUGCCCGUUCUAACUCCACCACCGGCUCCACCGCCUUCGUUGGAAACUCCCGAUCAUCAACAGCAACAGCAGCAGCUGGAUCAUCCAGAUCACGAAGACCUGCAUGACAUCAAAUCCGAGGACGACAUCAACCGGACCUUGGACGAGCUGUUGAACGAGUCCUACGACAAGAUGGGCAUUGGGGAACAGCAUACGAGCUAUCAGGAUGAUCAGCAUGAUCAUCAACAGUCGCUAGACAAUCCGUUCGCAUCGAUCGCUCACCACCAGCAUCAGGAACAGCAUCAGUAUAACAGCAUGGAAGCCGGUGCCAGCAGUUCUGGCGACACUGGUAUGAUCGAGCCGCGGAUCGAGAACUUGUGUCUGAUGUCUCCCAGUCCGAGGGAUAUGAUGGGCUUCGACGGCGAAGCGAUGGAUGUUAUCGAUUCGAUCAAGCUGGACUUGCUGUACAAUUGAGGUAAGAUUGGACAACUUAAGGCUAUUAUUUAUUAGGUACAAUGAGUGCGAGUGAAUGUGGCUAUUGUGGUAUGUCAAAGUAAAAUAGGUUUUUAUGCAAAU